AUGAGUAGUAGUUUUAACUAUCCAGACUUCUUACUGGAAUCAAAUAAUGGUAAGAAUAGUCAUAAUAUUAUAAAUAAUGAUAAUACCAAUACUAAUUCAAAUACUAAUACUGAUACAAAAUUUUCAAAUCAACAUAAUGCACCAAAUACAAAUACUUUUAAUAAUAUCUUAUUUAAUAAAUUAUCAUUCUUAGAAGAAUCAAAUACUCAAUCUCCUAUUCAACAUCAUAAAGAUUCUUUAAGUGAAACUUCCGAUAAUUUAUCAAAUAAAUCUCCCACAUCUGGUCCUGUUACAAAUUCAAAUGAUUUAUUUACAAGCUUAGAUUCUUUUAAUUUACCAGCAGAAUUACAAGGUGGUAUAGGUACAAUUAGUUCUAGAAGACCUUCCUAUGCAGCUGAAACUUUUACUAGAAAUGCUCAACAAUCAAUAUCUUUCCCAUUAUUAAACCAAUUCGCUUUACCUUCUACAUUACCUCAGCAACAACAACAACAACAACAGCAACAUCAACAAUCUCAAUUCUUUAAGUCCCCUAAUCAAUUACCUUCAGCAUCGCCUUCUUCACAUUUUUUUAAUAGUUCGAAAAUAAAUUCAACUCCAUUUAAUCUUCCUCCUUCUGCAGCAUUUCAAACCCAACCUUAUCAGCAACAUUCCCAAUCAGUUCACCUUCAACAACUUCCUCAAGCAAUCAACCUUAAUCAUCAAUUGGAUCAAUUGAAUGAUAACUUUGCAAAUAAUUUCAAUUUGAAUGCAAAUUUCAAUGAAUUUCAACAGAGAAGGCCAAGUCAAUUGGUGGAAUUUCAAUCCAAUAAUUAUAAUUUGAAUGCGUUACAGCAGAAGCAACAAGCUUUUCUUCAACAGAAGCAACAACAGCAACAGCAGCAGCAGCAGCAACAGCAACAACAGCAACAACAACAGCAACAACAACAACAGCAGCAACAACAGCAACAACAGCAGCAGCAACAACAACAACAAAAACAGCAGCAGCAGCAACAGCAAAAACAACAACAACAACAGCAGCAACAACAUUCUUUCUAUAAUAAUGCACCUCCUCAUUUGUCAAUCGGUACUAACAUUAACUUCUUAAACCAACAAAACCAACAACAACAGACUCAGAAAACAGCUAAUUCAAAUAAUUCUACUUCUAAAAACACUAACACUAACACAAACACCAACAAUAAUCUCGGAACUGGUUCCAUUUCUUCUGGAUCUUCCUCAGGUCAACCCAUAAAAUUAGAAAAUGGUUUAAUUCUUAAAGAUCAAUAUAUCAUUGCUUCUCCAGAUUUGAAAAGUCUUUAUUUAAAGACCAUAAAGUACUUUCAAAGUCCUGAAUUAACAAAUCAAAUUAUAAUUGAAAUCAAUAAAUUAUUACAGAAUCCGAUAAUUGUUAAAUUGAUUACAUUUAUAAAGAAUCUUAAUAAUUUAACUUUUAAUCAUAAGAUUUUAUGUUUGGUUAUUAAUAAAAAUGGUAAAUUUGAUUUAUUAUCUUAUCCAAAUAAUUCUAAUAUCUUUUUACAAAAGAAUGAUUUAGUUAUUGUUGAUGGAGAUCGUGGAAAAGAUUUAGUAAUGAUAGUUGAACCAUUAAUUAAUUUGAAUUUUGCCAUUUUAUUUAAUUUCCUUAAGAAAUUAGAACAUUUAAAAAGUUUGACUAUAUUGGAUAAUGCUUUAAGUAAUACCAAUACAACUGCUGCUACUAGUAAUCCAAAAAUUAAUGGAACUCAUUCAACUUCAUUAAAUGCUUCUCAAAUUAUUAAUAUUCAUCUGAAUGAAGAUAAUGAAUUUAUCAUUACUUUACCAACCAAACAAGUCUUAAGAUUUGCAACUCCAAAGGAAGUUCAUAAGAUUAGUGGUAAAUUUUUAGAAGAAAAGAAGGCAUUUAUAACAUGUUUUAAUAAGAUUAAAGAAUUAAAUUUACAAUCAAAUUUAUCUUUAAUUAAUGUUGAAUAUCAAUCUGAUUUUAAAAAAUUAAUCUUUUAUUAUUAUGCCAACUUUAAAAGAAUUGAUUUCAGAGGUUUAAUUAAAGAAUUAUUCAAGAUUUAUAAGACGAGAAUUUGGUUAUGUGCGGUUUUACCAUAUAAUAAACCUGAAUUAUAUGUGACAAAUUAUAAAUCUGAAGAUGAGAAACACGAGGAAGAACAUUCAGAGAAAGAUGAAAAUACUGAAGAAGAAAAGAAUAAGCCAGAAGCUACUGUUGAUUCUAAUGAAGAUGUUAUUCCUCAUGAAUAUGAAUUAACAAAUGAUCAAAUUUUAAAAUUUUCAAUAAAUGAAUUUGAGAAUUUAGCAUCACCAAAUUAUUUCCACCUGAAAAAUUUAUCAAAUUUACUUAAGCAUUUGAACAAUGAACUUGAAGGAUACUUUUACGGUUUCAACUCCAAUAGAAAUGAUUCAACUUCUACUAAUCCUUCUACAUUAUCAAUUAAUCCAAAAUUCGAUCCUUUUGGUGACUCUCGAUAG